UGUUUUGUUUUAUUCAAUGUCAGGGUGGGCAUUUCUCUGGCAUAUAUAGAAAGGUUCAACUAAAGCCACUAAAGUGGAUCAAAGUGGCUAAAAGCAGUGGUGAAGAAGAGGAACGACCUGUUGAAGCUCUGAUGGUUCUUAAAUAUGGGGGUGUUCUUACACAUGCUGGCAGAAAGCAGGCUGAAGAACUAGGAAGAUAUUUCCGGAAUAAUAUGUAUCCAGGAGAAGGUACAGGGCUGCUUCGCCUCCAUAGCACAUACCGUCAUGAUCUUAAGAUAUACAGCUCUGAUGAGGGUCGUGUACAGAUGUCUGCAGCUGCUUUUGCCAAAGGUCUUCUUGACCUUGAAGGGCAGCUAACACCAAUCCUGGUUUCACUUGUUAGUAAGGACUCCUCCAUGUUGGAUGGGCUUGACAAUGCCAGUAUUGAAAUGGAAGAAGCCAAGGCCCGGCUAAACGAAAUCAUAACCUCCAGUUCAAAGACAAUCCCUAGCAAUGGAUCAGCUGAAUUUUCUUGGAUGGUUGAUGGUGCUGGACUGCCGCCUAAUGCGUCAGAAUUGCUUCCCAAGUUGGUAAGCUUGAUUAAGAAGGUUACUGAACAAGUAAGACUACUUGCCACGGAUGAAGAUGAGAAUCUUGCAGAAACGUUAUAUGAUGUAAUUCCUCCUUAUGAUCAAGCAAAAGCACUUGGAAAAACAAAUAUUGAUGUUGAUCGUAUAGCUGCUGGAUUACCUUGUGGUAGUGAAGGAUUUCUUUUAAUGUAUGCUCGAUGGAAAAAGCUUGAAAGGGAUCUGUAUAAUGAACGCAAAGAGCGCUUUGACAUCACUCAAAUUCCUGAUGUGUACGAUUCAUGCAAAUAUGAUCUUUUACAUAAUGCGCACCUUAAUCUAGAGGGAUUGGAUAAGCUUUUUAAGGUUGCCCAGGCACUUGCUGAUGGUGUAAUUCCUAAUGAAUAUGGAAUAAAUCCGAAGCAGAAGCUAAAGAUUGGCUCAAAGAUUGCACGUCGGUUGUUGGGUAAAAUUUUAAUUGAUUUGAGGAACACUCGAGAGGAAGCCAUUAGUGUUGCUGAGUUAAAGAGUAACCAAGACCAUGAUUCAUCCUCCGUGAAAACUGAAAAGGAAGAUACUGAAGCCAAGUCAAAACAUCCAAAUAAGAAUGAAGAUAUAAGGAAAUCCAUCACUUUAAGUGAUAUAUCGAUGGAUCAAGAGGAUGACGACGAUAAGGAGACCAAAUACCGUUUGGAUCCAAAGUAUGCAAAUGUGAAGACACCUGAACGUCAUGUGCGAACACGCUUAUACUUCACAUCAGAAUCACAUAUCCAUUCUCUCAUGAAUGUUCUUCGUUAUUGUAAUUUGGAUGAAUCUCUUUUAGAAGAAGAGAGCCUCGUUUGCUAUAACGCUUUACAGCGCCUUUAUAGAACAAAGGAGCUGGACUAUAUGAGCUACAUUGUGCUGAGGAUGUUUGAAAACACGGAGGUAGAUUUGGAAGAUCCAAAAAGGUUCCGCAUAGAGUUGACUUUUAGCCGUGGUGCUGAUUUAUCCCCCUUGGAGAAAAAUGAUAGCGAGGCAUCUUCAUUGCAUCAGGAGCACACACUGCCUAUUAUGGGUCCUGAAAGGCUACAAGAAGUAGGGUCCUAUCUCACAUUGGAAAAAAUGGAGAUGAUGAUUCAUCCAUUUGCUAUGCCUGCAGAAGACUUCCCUCCACCAGCAACCCCUGCAGGAUUCUCUGGCUAUUUUUCAAAGAGCGUACUUGAGCGUCUAGUAAACCUUUGGCCUUUCCAUAAGCAUGCCCAUUCUAAUGGGAAAUAGUUAACUUGUACUUUUGCGCCUCUACUUCAAUGUUCCAACUUAAUGUUUCUUAUUGUACAUGGGAAAAUUCUGGCACAACCAAAGCGAGCUUUGGGGGCUCUUUGGAAAUUUUUUUGAAGCAAACCUCUUCCAGCCAAAAAAAUGUUGGAAGUUGUAUAAAAUAGCUAUAGUAGUUAAAUUAGACACUUGUCCAGAUCCUUAUUUUUCUUGUCAAAAAACUACCUGGAUAACGGGAAGGAAUACUAUGAGUGAAAACGGUUGAUGAGCAAAAACCUGAUAAAUGAGAACAGACACUGGAGAACUGGGAUGGUUGGAAAGUAGACAGGCUUGCUCGGAUCGAUAACAUUUCGGCUGCUGAGAGGUAGUUGGCAAAAUUUCUCCGAAUCAAAGUAGUUACUUCAACGCAACAGCUACUGCAAUUUCAAA